AUGACGAGUGUGGUUGAGCAAAAGAGGAAGUCAAUUACUGAUUCUAUAUCCUCAUAUCAUACAGCUGAUGUCGGAAACUACCACUAUGGCCCACAGCAUCCAAUGAAGCCACAUCGUAUUCGUAUGGCUCACAACCUCAUUGUAAACUAUGGUUUGUACAAAAAGCUGGAGAUUUGUAGAUUCACUCCAGCUACAUUCCGAGAAAUGACGAGAUUCCAUUCUGAUGACUAUAUCGACUUUUUAUAUCGAGUUACUCCCGACAAUGUUGAAGAGGUCGCAAAGUAUCAACAGAAAUUCAAUGUCGGAGAAGAUUGCCCAGUUUUCGACGGACUCUUUGAAUUCUGUGCUCUCUCGGCCGGUGGAUCCAUCUCUGCCGCUGGAAAGCUCAAUCGAGGGGAAACCGACAUUGCAAUCAACUGGGGCGGUGGAUUGCAUCACGCUAAAAAGACGGAGGCUUCAGGUUUCUGUUAUGUCAAUGAUAUCGUAUUAGCUAUUCUAGAACUGUUACGAUUCCACGCCCGAGUCUUGUAUAUUGAUAUUGACAUUCAUCACGGUGAUGGUGUUGAAGAAGCCUUUUAUACUACAGACAGAGUCAUGACGGCCUCAUUCCAUAAAUAUGGUGAAUACUUUCCGGGAACUGGUGAUAUUCAAGAUAUUGGUCACGGUCGAGGAAAAUACUAUGCAGUCAACUUCCCACUGAAGGAUGGUAUUGAUGAUGAAUCAUACCGAAGUGUCUUCAGACCCGUAAUUCAACAUGUCAUGGACUGGUAUCGUCCUGGUGCUGUAGUACUUCAAUGUGGUGCCGAUUCUUUGGCUGGUGACCGUUUGGGUUGCUUCAACUUGUCAAUGAGAGGUCACGCUCAAGCUGUAGAGUUCUUGAAGACAUUCAAUGUACCGUUGAUGUUGUUGGGUGGUGGUGGUUACACUAUUCGAAAUGUAGCUCGUGCAUGGUGUCAUGAAACCGCUGUCGCUGUUGGUGAAACUCUGCCUGAAGAAAUCCCAUACAACGACUACUUCCAAUACUAUGGCCCUGAUUACCGUCUUGACGUACCUGCAAACAAUAUGGAAAACCAAAACUCUCGUGAAUAUUUGGACAAGAUAAAAAUCAAGAUCAUUGAAAACCUUCGACACAUCCCUUCGGCUCCCAGCGUUCAGACUCAAGAGGUUCCUGGUGAUGGCUUCUCGUCGGAUGAUGAAGAGGAUGAUGAAGCUACCAAAGAUACUCGUAUAACACAACGAAUGUCAGACCGCCAUCGAGUCCCUGAAAACGAGCUCUCCGACUCUGAAGACGAAGGAGAAGGAGGUCGUCGUGACCGUCACUCUCACAAGAACUCCACCACCUCGCAACAACCUGGUCGCACAUCUCGUACACGUCGGGAAGACGAACCACGAAUGUCAAUGAUGCACAAUAGUCAUAACAGUGCCAAUGCUCCUCAACGUAAAGACAAGGAACGUGCUGAACCAAUCAAUGACGAUGUGUCAUCUGUUACAUCUAUGCAAGUGGAGCCUCCUACUAGUGCUACGAGUGCUACUGUUCCUCCUAGUGCUGCUAUUAUUACUGGUGCUAGUGGAGCUAAUGGUGGUGCUGGUGAAGAGGCCGUUCAUAUGGAUGUUGAUCAAUAG